UACAACUCUUGCACUUCCGGGAGCCGGUAGAAAUUGUUUUACUUGCAUAUUCCAUAUACUUUAAAUGAUUGAUUGGAAGAAUUACCCUUGAUCAGGAGAAGAGGAGUAUAUAUAUCUUGCAGUGAUGUAUCAGUGUGCUGUUGGGUGGUCAACUGCCAUCAUCUGAUAAGUGUUUUCUGUUCAACUAGACUUCAAUUAUCUUACGGUAUAUUUAUACUAACUACUAGAGCAACUGGACAUCACAUAUGACCCUUCAGACCACUUGACCCUUAACAGACCACUGAAGUAUAUACAUGUAAUUCUUCAGAAACAAUUUUGACAUCAUCAUCAUGGCAAGAGUUCAGUGGAAAAUCCACGAGCUUCCGUGGAGACUCAAAAAGUUGAUGGACACCUUUAUUUUGUGGAUAAAGCUUCUCCGAAUGACAUUGUAUUACAAUCACUUUACGUCAGUCUCCAUAGCGAUGGAAACAUCUCUAGAACCAGUCUUCUGGUUUGUGGAUAAAUUUGCCAAAUAUUUGGGACCAAUUUUUAUGACAAUGGUGAUAUUCUUGACAACCUCUGUGGUAGCGAUUUUCUACACCUGCUUGCUGCCUCACGUGUACGCACAGAGUAUGAGCCGCACCAUAUUCCAUCUGGUUUUUGGACACUGGCUUCUAAUCAAUAUUGUCUUCAAUUACAUCAUGGCUGCUUUCACUCAUCCUGGAACACCCCCACUGAAAAUUCCUGAGACAGUUUCUAUAUGCCGGAAAUGCAUUGCCCCCAAACCUCCACGAACUCAUCACUGCAGUAUUUGUGACAGGUGUAUACUGAAGAUGGACCAUCACUGUCCUUGGCUAAACAAUUGUGUUGGGUUUUACACACACCGUUUCUUCUUUCUCUUCUGUUGUUACAUGUUCGUCGGAGCCCUGUACGUCAGUUUCACAGGAUAUGAUGUGUUUAUCGAACACUUUUAUGGUGCAACGCCUUAUCCGUUCCCAGCUGUGCUGUACCCAUUAAACCUAGCCUAUGAUGUCAUCAACAAAACACUAUCAACAACACCCAUGGCUCACAGAAGCUACAACCUGGAGGUGACACAUGAGCGUCAGAACUACCACAUAGCUGUCAUCUUCGAGUUUCUGGUUUGUUCUGCUGUUGCCAUAGCAGUCCUCGGACUCAUCGUUUGGCAUUUCCGGAUGAUAAGUCGUGGCGAGACCAACAUUGAGAUGCACAUCAAUAAGAAGGAAAGAGUACGACUAAAGAAGCAGGGAAUUGCUUUUAGAAAUCCAUAUGAUUUUGGUUUUAUACAAAACUGGAGGAUAUUUUUCGGAAUUGAAAAAGGAACAGGAAGGUCAUUUGUGAGACACAUACUGUUUCCCUCCAGCCACCAGCCCACUGGGGAUGGUCUGACUUGGCCGCAUGCACUAUACCAGGGAGAUAAUGUCCUGCAGCUUUUAUGACAAAAACUUGACUGAGGUUUCCUUGUAUCAAUAUAUUCAUACAAUAAGCAGUUUUCAUCACUCUGUGGUUGGAAUUUAUCAUCUAUUGAUUGGUUUUUGCUCAAAGACAUGAUCUCAAAAUUAAAAUCUCAUUCUUUUCACUUUGGUGUUUUACCAACAAGUGAAUGCAUACAUUUUAUUUUUUGUAUAAAUAUGAAACUACAUAACUCAAAAUUCAAUGUGUUCAAAGAUUCCAUAAUUUUUCUUAUAUUUUAUGUUAUGAAAUGAAUUUAGAAUUUUUUACUUUAAUGUUAAGCGAAACAAAAACCAAAUCUUUCAGUAUCCAGGCCAAGAUAAUUAAUUAUAAGAAGGGACAUUUUUUAACAUAUAUUUCUAAUUUGACUUUUAAAAACUAUUUGGAAAUUGUCCCCUUAAUUAGCAAAGGUUCAGUAAUAUAUAUUUCAUAUAACGCCUUUAUUCAUAGACCCAUUUUUCAAGCAGUUAAUAAGAACCUAAAUUUUAGUACUAGGGUAGUAUGCUAUAAUUACUUGGCGGAACAAAGUCUGUUAGUUAAAUAAGCCAGUAAUAUGUCAUUUGAAAUUGUAUAACCAACUAGAAAGAAAACUUUAUUAAUGUAUGAUGUUUGGAUUAUUGUUUAAUACAAUAUAUAGGAGGCCUCAGUCAGGAUUAUAAUAAUGAUGUACUUUUUAACUGUUUACUGACAGUGUGUCUGUGUGUGUUAUUAUUGAGGACCAAGGUAAAAGUGACUCUGUGAGUUUUAGGGCUGUCACAAUAUAUCAGAAAACAGGUAUAUUACAAUACACAGGUACAUUGUAUGG